AUGUCGCUGAGCGGCCCUCCCCGCGAUCGCCGCAGCUUCAAGGUGGCCAUCAUCUGUGCCUUGACAUUAGAGGCUGAAAAGGUCCGAGCGGUGUUUGAUAGAUGCUGGGAAGAUGAGGGAAAGCGAUAUGGCAAAGCGGAUGGAGAUCGGAAUACAUAUACCACCGGAGUGAUGGGAAAGCAUAACGUGGUCCUGGCGCACAUGGCAAGAAUGGGAAGUGUCAAUGCCUCGGCGGUGGCUACAGGCCUCCGCUCUAGUUUUCCCAGUAUUCAGCUGGCGUUGGUGGUUGGCAUCUGUGGUGUCGUCCCGGUCCAUCCGAACACGCACGAAGAGAUCGUGCUCGGAGAUAUUGUCAUCAGCACCAGUGUGAUUCAGUAUGACUUUGGUCGUCAAUAUCCCAAUGGGUUUCAGAGGAAGAGCGGAGUCGAGGACAGCCUGGGAAGAGCCAACUCGGAGAUCCAGUCAUUCAUUAAUAUGCUACAGGUGCGCGACAAUCGUACCAGAUUGACGAGAAAUCUCGCCGCUCUCCUGCAAUCGGAAGGUUUACAGAAGGCUCUGCCAGACGCCAAGUAUCCGGGCGCCAGUCAGGACAAACUUUAUGAGGCGACUUACAUUCAUCGACAUCGACUGGACAGUAGUUGCGAUCAGUGUAGCAGUGACGGGGAGAACUGUUACAACAGUUGUGACGAAAUUGGUUGCGGGCAGGCCCGACUUAUCUUGCGUGACCGACACAGCCUUCCUCAGACAGGAGAUCUCCUACAUCGGAACGAUACUCCUUUCAUCCACUUUGGUAGAUUCGGAUCCGCGAACACGGUGAUGAAGUCUGGGGAAGAUCGCGAUCGAAUGGCACAAUUUGACGCGGUGGCGGCAUUCGAAAUGGAAGGGGCGGGCGUGUGGGACCAGCAUCCGACGAUCGUGAUCAAGGCAGCGUGUGACUAUGCCGACAGUCACAAGAGCAAGGCCUGGCAGGGCUACGCUGCGGCCAUGGCGGCGGCAUGCGUGAAGGUCUUCUUGGAUGAAUGGAGUGUGGUAGAUGAGGUCACUGACAAGGAUGAAUCUUCGAGCCCGGUCUGGCAUGUCCCCUUCGAUGGCUUGUCCGGUUUUGUUGGUCGUAUCGACGAGAUCGCACGUCUGAAAGAGCUUCUCUUUACACCCAACAGUCGCCGGAUAGCCUCCAUCCUGGGGCUCGGAGGCAUCGGUAAAAGCCGACUCGCCCUGGAGCUCGCGUUUCAGCAGAAGAAGGAACAUCCGUACCAUUCCGUCUUCUGGAUUGAAGCGUCCGAGCAGUUGACAUUUGAAAGAGAUGUGCUCGAGAUUGGGAAGAAGCUUCGCAUUCCUGGGAUUGGAGACGAUAAGGCGGAUAUUAAGAACCUACUCAAACAGCGGCUCAGUCACUCGUCGAACGAGAAAUGGCUCUUGAUUGUGGACAAUGCCGACGACGAAAUGCUCUGGGGACGACGAGCGGAUGCCAGUGAGGAUAUUCUAAGUUUAGAACAGUUUCUGCCAAACACUGCGCAUGGCUCAAUUGUCAUUACCACCCGGUCUCGGGCCGUAGCUACAUUUAUGGCGGGAAAAGGGGUGAUUGAACUUGAUCAAUUGUCGCCAGCGGAAGGUGUGAAGCUGUUCCGAGAAGCCCUGGAGAAACCUGACCUUGCCGACAACGAUGCCACCAUAUUCGUUUUGACGGAGAAGUUAGCUGGCCUCCCACUCGCACUCAUCCAGGCCGCAUCGUUCAUCAAUAUGACCCAAGAAUCUGCCCAGAUGUAUCUUCGACUAUUAGAACAGCCGGAGGACGAUGUUAUCAAGCUUCUGAGCGAGGAUUUUGGAGACCCGUCGCGUUACCCUAAUGCGAAGAAUCCCAUCGCCACGACGUGGCUGAUAUCAUUUGACCGUAUUCGUAAACACCACAAUCUCGCCGCAAAGAUACUUUCAUCGAUGGCAUGUAUGAACGAAAAGAAUAUUCCGCGAUCAUUACUGCCGAAAGGGAACUCGGAGAUCGAAAUGGUCAAGGCUCUUGCCAUUUUGACGGGCUAUUCUUUUAUAAAAAGACACGCCAGAAGCGACAGUGUCACAAGUUUCGACGAGAUGUACGACCUUCAUCGGCUGGUGCAGCUGGCUGCUCGAAACUGGCUGAAGAUGGAGAACUCAUUGUCGGAUUGGACCAAAAGUUGUCUGGAACACGUAGCCGAGAUUUUCCCGGCACGGCAGCAUCAUAAUCGAGGUAUAUGGACCAUCUAUCUGCCGCACGCACAGCGAAUAUGUGAUGAUGAUGCCGUUCAAGAUUGCGCUGAGCGAUAUGAGUUGCUCGAGAAGAUGGGGUUAUGUUUCAUCGUCGACGGGAAGUACACUGACGCCAUAGCGGCGCACACUUUGGUUGUCCAGUGGAAGGAGCAGUAUAGAAGUAGUUUGGAACAGCAUACAUUGGAGAGCUAUAACCAUUUAGGGGAGGCAUUGCUUCUCAAGGGUGAAUUUGUUGCCGCUAAAGCUUCUUUGGAGAAGGCGUUCAAUGGACUCAUGGAAUCACUCGGGGCUCAGCACCCCUCCACGCUGACCAGUAUGGCUAACCUAGCAUCGACAUACCGGCACCAAGGUCGAUGGACGCAGGCAGAGGAGCUCGAGGUGCAAGUGAUGGAGACAAUGAAGAGAGUGCUGGGGGAAGAGCAUCCCUCCACGCUGACCAGUAUGGGCAACCUAGCAUCGACAUAUCGGCACCAAGGUCGAUGGACGCAGGCGGAGAAGCUCGAGGUGCAAUAUGGCCAACCUGGCAUCGACAUACCGGCACCAAGGUCGAUGGACGCAGGCGGAGGAGCUACAAGCUAA